CUGAUCUCCCCGGUGAGUACUCCGUGCCUUUUUGCGCGUCACCCUCGUACACAACUCUUCACCGUCGAUCUGCGGUCGCGUAUUAGCUCUGCUCCCUGCUUUGUCCAGUUUCUCAACCUGAUUCCGUCAAAAUGCUCGACCCCAAGGUGGAAGACCUGGAAGCUCUGGCAGAGACAUGCAUGAAAACAGCAAAACAGAUAAAGGAAUACCUCGCGUCCAACAACCUCCCACAACCCACCUUCGACCAGAAUGGGCCAGAGUUCUUCCCGCCAGUCAUUCCUGAGAUCGAUGGUGCCCGACUCGAACUCCGUGCAGCUGCGAAGAGGCUGUAUGAUUUGUCUGCUGGCCCCGACGAAGUUUUGACAUGGCAUACCUAUCAUUGCGCUCAUGAUCUCAACGCCUUCCGCUAUGUGCAUCGGUACAACGUCCCAUCCGCCGUCCCGCUCGACUCAAGCAUCACCUACCCAGAGUUAGCGUCCAAACUGUCUCUGGACCCUUCACAGCUCAAACAAAUGCUCCGCCAACUCAUGGCAAUCCACGUCUUCCACGAGCCCUCACCAGGUCUUGUCGCACACACGGCAUCCUCCCGGCUCCUGUCUCACUGGGGCGUCGGCUCCUUCAACAACUUCAUCGCGGAAGACACCUUCCCCGUCGCCGCUAAAGUGGUCGAAGCGCUCGAGCACUACGGCCACGGACGCCAGGAACCGAACCGCGCCGCCCUGAAUUUCACAAACAAUACCGACCUGGUGCAGUACGAAUGGUACGAGACGCAACCCGCCCUGCGCGACCGCUUCAGCAAGAUCAUGACCUUCAUGUCCCAAGCGCCCGUCAUGGCGAACGAGCACGUCGCGCGCGGCUUCGACUGGAAGUCUCUCCCAGCAGACAGUAUCGUGGUCGACGUCGCAGGCAAUGUCGGACACUGUUCGAUCCCGAUCGCCGAGGCCAAUCCGAACCUGAAGAUCAUCGUGCAGGACCUGCCCAAGAUCAUCGCGCAAGCGUCGAACCCGGAAACGAGUGUGAUCCCCGAACCCCUCCGCUCGCGCUUCGCCUUCAUGGAGCACAGCUUCUUCAAUACCCAGCCGGUCAAGGGCGCGGCCGUCUACUUUCUCCGGAUGAUCAUGCACGACUAUAGUGACGAGUACGCCCUCAAGAUCCUGCGCCCCAUCGUGCAGAGCAUGAGCCCGGACUCGAGGAUCGUCAUCAUGGACCAACUGAUGCCGCCCACCGUUGGCGUCCUACCGUACGAUGUGGAGCGGAUGAUGCGUACGACGGACCUGCAGAUGAUGAUGCUGACGAAUGCGAAGGAGAGAGACGAGGAAGAGUGGAAGGAUUUGGUGGCCCGGGCCGGCGACGGCCUCGACCAGGGCGUGUUUGCUGGCACCGACACAGACGCAGCGCACAAGGGAAGGGGUAAGAAAUUGGGGAUCAAGAGCAUCCAGACCCCACCCGGUAGUACGUUGAGUGUGAUCGAGGUCGGCUUUGUGGACGAGCAACAGGAGCCGAAUGGUAUGGCCAAUGAUACGGCUUGAGGGCCAUGGUUUGCCUGUCCCCAUGGUCCGCGGUUAUGGCCACAAAUUUCACAAGCCCGUAUGUAGAGAAUUUAACUGACUAUUAAUUGCA